AUGGAUGACGAAUACGAGAAGUUGAUUCGGAGGUUGAACCCGCCGAGGUGAUUAUCCGCCCCUAGCCGAUAUUUUUUCAAUGAUUUGGCAUGAAUUUUCCUGAAGAUCUUGUUCUUCCGGUUCUUCGUCCAUCCCAACCAGGGUCGUCAUCGACAACGAAUCGUGCGGGAACGCGACAGUCAUUCAGGUAAUCUCCCGUGUUCAUUUCACGCGCUCAUCAUAUUUUUUUUGGUCCAUUUGUUCGUAUUUUUCUCAGCUCAUCGUCGGAAUCCCGUGUUUAAUCCCUCAGGUCGAUAGUGCGAAUAAGCACGGAAUUCUUCUCGAGGUGGUUCAGGUUCUGACAGAUCUGAAUCUCGUCAUCUCCAAGGCCUACAUAUCAUCCGAUGGAGGGUGGUUCAUGGAUGGUAUCAUCUCCAAGAGCUCUCUUCCGAUUUCUUCACUGCUCGUCGAGUUCUUCACUGAUCUGCCUCACCGGCAGCAAUCUGACACAAUCUUCUUGGGCUGCAACAGUCUUCAACGUCACCGACAGAGAAGGGAAGAAGCUGGGGGAUGAGGUGACGGUCAACGCCGUCGCGGAUUUCAUCCGCAAGGUACUGCUACUACACGAAGGUGCCACAUUCCCGUUGACCGACCGUCUUUAUCCCCGGGGAAGGUAAGACUGACGGCGGCGGGUGGUUCUGUGCAGUCUCUAGGGGCGGACUCUGGUUAUCUGCCAUCGAAGAGGAGAUCUGUGGGCGUGGCGGCUUCGAGCGAGUACACUUCGAUCGAGCUGACGGGGACGGACAGGCCUGGUUUGCUUUCCGAGGUCUCUGCGGUGCUGAACAGCUUGAAGUGCAACGUGGUCAACGCCGAGGUUUGGACGCACAACACCAGGGCGGCGGCGGUGAUGCACGUCACAGACGAGGCCAGCGGCGCCGCCAUCACCGACCCGGAGAGGCUCGCUAAGAUCAAGGAGCUCCUCUGCAACGUCCUCAAGGGCAGCAACAAGAACCGCGGCGCGAGGACCGCCGUCUCCCUGGGGGCCACCCACACCGAGCGGCGCCUCCACCAGAUGAUGUUCGACGACCGAGACUACGAGAGGUCAAACCGAGACGGCGCCGCCGCCGCCGACGAGAAGCCCAGGCCCAAUGUGACUGUGGUCAACUGGCAGGAUAAAGAUUACUCGGUGGUCACCAUUCGGUGCAAGGACAGGCCGAAGCUCCUGUUCGACACGGUCUGCACUCUCACAGACAUGCAGUACGUCGUCUUCCACGCCAACAUCGGCAUCGAAGGCCCCGGAGCUUAUCAGGUAGGUUGCUUCCUGCUAGCUAGCUAGCUAGCUAGCUGCGGUCUUCUUGUUCAGGUCUGGUAAACUUUUUUUUUUGCUUUCGAUCACCGUGAAGGAAUUCUACAUCCGACAUGUGGAUGGAUCCCCGGUCAACUCAGAGGCGGAGAGGCAACGAGUAAUCCAGUGCCUCGAAGCGGCUAUCGAGAGGAGGGUGUCCGAGGUGGGAUUUCCUUCUUCUUCCCUCUUGAGCAAGAAAGAAAGAAAGACGACGAAGAUGACCCCCUCGAUCCUUCUCUUCUGUUUUUGCAGGAUUUGAAGCUGGAGCUGAGCACCGGCGACAGGGUCGGCCUGCUGUCCGACGUGACGAGGAUCUUCCGCGAGAACAGUCUGACGGUGACGCGGGCGGAGGUGACGACGAGGGGCGGCAAAGCGGUGAACACCUUCUACGUGCGGGACGCCGGGGGGAGUGCCGUCGACUCCAAGACCAUCGACGCAGUGCGGCAGGCGAUCGGCCUGACGGUGCUGCAGGUGAAGGGGAACCCGGAGCAGCUGAGGCCCCAGGAGGAGUCCCCCACGCGCUUCCUCUUCGGCGGCCUGUUCAAGUCCAAGUCCCUCUGCAACUUCGGGCUGCUCAGGCCCUACUAG